GGCGGAGGGCUAGGGCGCUCGCCCGGCCUCUGGGCCGCCCGCGCUCCCGCGCCCCCGCGCCCGGCCCCGGGCCCGCCCCCGCCGCCCGGCCCCGCUCCCGGGCGCCCGAUGACCUCCGAGGGCGGGCCGCCGCCACCCCCGCCGCGCCCGCCGCCGGCCCCGCUCCGCCGCGCCCGCAGCCCGGGCCCCGGCGCGCUGCAGGCCGCCCUGAUGAGCCCGCCGCCCGCCGCCGCCGCCGCCCUGGAGGCCGCCUCGUCGUCCUCGUCCUCGUCCUCGGCCGCCUCCUCGGCCGGCGCGGCCCCGAACGCCUGCAAGAGCGCGGGCGGCGGCGCGGGCGCGGGCGGCGGGGGCGCCAAGAAGGCGAGCGCGGGGCUGCGGCGGCCGGAGAAGCCGCCCUUCUCGUACAUCGCGCUCAUCGUCAUGGCCAUCCAGAGCUCGCCCGCCAAGCGCCUGACGCUCAGCGAGAUCUACCAGUUCCUGCAGGCGCGCUUCCCCUUCUUCCGCGGCGCCUACCAGGGCUGGAAGAACUCCGUGCGCCACAACCUCUCGCUCAACGAGUGCUUCAUCAAGCUCCCCAAGGGCCUCGGGCGGCCGGGCAAGGGCCACUACUGGACCAUCGACCCGGCCAGCGAGUUCAUGUUCGAGGAGGGCUCGUUCCGCCGCCGGCCGCGCGGCUUCAGGCGGAAGUGCCAGGCGCUCAAGCCCAUGUACCACCGCGUAGUGAGCGGCCUGGGCUUCGGGGCCUCGCUGCUGCCGCAGGGCUUCGACUUCCAGGCGCCCCCGUCGGCGCCGCUCGGCUGCCAUGGGCAGGGCGGCUACGGCGGCCUCGACAUGAUGCCGGCGGGCUACGACGCGGGCGCCGGCGCCCCGGGCCACGCGCAUCCGCACCACCGCCACCACCACGUUCCCCACAUGUCGCCCAACCCGGGCUCCACCUACAUGGCCAGCUGCCCGGUGCCCGCCGGGCCCGGGGCCGUCGGCGCGGCCGGAGGCGGCGGCGGCGGGGACUAUGGCCCGGACAGCAGCAGCAGCCCCGUGCCCUCGUCCCCGGCCGUGGCGAGCGCCAUCGAGUGCCACUCGCCCUACACCAGCCCCGCGGCGCACUGGAGCUCGCCCGGCGCCUCGCCUUACCUCAAGCAGCCGCCCGCCCUGACUCCGGGCAGCACCCCUGCGGCCCCCGCCGGCCUGCACAGCACCAUGUCUUCCUACUCGCUGGAGCAGAGCUACCUGCAUCAGAACGCCCGCGAGGACCUCCCAGUGGCGCUCCCUCGAUACCAGCACCACUCCACGCCCGUGUGCGACCGGAAGGACUUCGUCCUCAACUUCAACGGCAUCUCCUCCUUCCACCCCUCUGCCAGCGGCCCCUACUACCACCACCACCACCAGAGCGUCUGCCAGGACAUCAAGCCCUGUGUUAUGUGAACGCAGGGCGGGGGCCGGCCUAGGCCCCGCUGCCCCCCCGGCGACGACCGAGGUGGGUCCCAGUGUGGCCACGUCAGUCGCUUGGAGACCCCGGGUGAGCGUCACCCGCUGGUGUUUGUCCACUGUUGGUAGGAGGCACCCCCCGGCGAGGUGAUGCCCCAAACACACGCGGGCUCCCAGCGGCGGGAGACGGUGAAAACUUACCACGCAGAAAACACAGACGUGGAACUCUGGGAUCUUCACUGCCUUCAGUAAUCAGGGUCUGAAACAUGCAGACGGGCUGUGUGUGUGUCUUUGUCUAUGGAAAAUGUGUGUGCUCUUUUUUGAAAAAGGCAGUGCCCAGCACAAGAUUCCAAGAGAGCCUCAUCUUGUUGCCUGGCUCAGUGGGAGAGCUGUAUUUUGCCAAACACUACCUUUGGAUCCAGGUGCCAAAGAACAUUAUCAAGAAAGUAUUUAGCAUUGAUGUGUCUAGUUUAAGAAAUGUGGUCUCCAGUAUUGUGACAAUACAACGUUUUUACAAGGCUGUUUUCUACCACCAUAGUUUAAAGAUAUUUUUAUGAUCUUCGUGUAUACUCACACUUUGCUUGUAUUUUAAAAGGAGGAUAUAUUUGCACUUAUGUAUACUUUUACAGUUUGCCAAACUAUUUUGAUGUACAAUUUUUUCAAUAAAAUGUAUAUAACAAAUAGUUGCCGGGGGGGACCUCUCUCCUCCACGGGCAUCUGAUCGCCAGGACGAUGCAACUCUA